CCUGGCCGCCCGCGAGCACCCAACGCCGGCUGUCGGAGCCACCCAGGCCGGGCAACAGGAGCGGUAGACGCCGCCGCCGCCGCUUUACCUCCUCCCGACGCGGAGAACGACGGGGUGGGGGGCCAAGAAAAUUCAACCAAGAAUUGGCCCCUGAUAGAGAUACUGGGAAGAGAGCAGCGUCCCAGAGCCCAUCGUGCCAUCCUCCGGGCCUCAACAAACACCCUGCUUCUUCUCCUGCUGCUUUCCAUCCACCUUUAAAUCCUCCACCGCCUCCUCCUCGCGCCUCUCAAGCCCGUCAUGGCGUCCAAGCUGAACCCCAACGUCCUGUACGUGUCGGGGCCCGGCGAGUCCCUGGGGUCGCCCCAGGCCGACUCUGAGAGGACUCAUAUCGCGGGAGAAGCAGGCGAAGAGUCGUCGGACAGCGACGGAGAACAAGAAGAGACGUCACACAAGCUGAUCCGCAAAGUGUCGACCUCGGGACAGAUAAGGGCCAAGAAAAGCGUGAAGGAGGGAACCCUGUUAAAGCAGACCAGCUCCUUCCAGAGAUGGAAGAGGAGGUACUUCAAACUCAGAGGGAGGACUCUCUACUAUGCCAAAGACUGCAAGUCCCUGAUUUUUGAUGAAGUGGACCUUUCAGAUGCCAGCGUGGCUGAGACCAGCACCAAGAACAUCAACAACAGCUUCACAGUGAUUACUCCAUUUCGCAAAUUAAUGUUAUGCGCCGAGAGCAGGAAGGAAAUGGAGGACUGGAUCUCUGCUCUCAAAUCCGUCCAAAAAUGGGAAACCUACGAAGCCAGUCAGUUCAACAUGGAGCAUUUCUCCGGGAUGCACAACUGGUACGCCUGCUCGCACGCCAGACCGACCUUCUGCAACGUCUGCAGAGAGGCGCUGCCAGGCGUCACCUCCCACGGUCUGUCCUGUGAAGUUUGCAAGUUCAAGGCUCAUAAGCGCUGCGCUGUUCGCUCCACCAACAACUGCAAAUGGACCACACUGGCCUCCAUAGGAAACGACAUCAUUGAAGAUGAAGAAGGGGUGUCGAUGCCUCACCAGUGGCUGGAGGGUAACCUGCCAGUCAGUGCCAAAUGUGUGGUGUGUGACAAGAACUGCGGCAGCGUGCGGAGGCUGCAGGACUGGCGCUGCCUGUGGUGCAAAGCCAUCGUCCAUAACAGCUGUAAAGAACAAAUGGGGAAGGUGUGUCCCUUGGGUCAAUGUCGAGUGUCGAUCAUCCCUCCCACUGCACUUAACAGCAUCGACUCGGACGGUUUCUGGAAGGCCACCUCAGCGUCGUGCUCCAGCCCUCUCUUGGUCCUGGUCAACUCCAAAAGCGGGGACAACCAGGGCGUCAAGUUCCUCCGCAAGUUCAAGCAGCUCCUCAACCCGGCUCAAGUGUUUGACCUGAUGAACGGAGGACCGGAGCUUGGCCUGCGCCUGUUCCAGAAGUUCGUGACGUUUCGUAUUCUGGUGUGUGGAGGAGAUGGCAGCGUGGGCUGGGUGCUUUCAGAGCUGGAUAAACUCAACCUCCAUAAACAGUGUCAGCUCGGCGUUCUGCCUCUGGGCACAGGCAACGACCUGGCUCGUGUUCUGGGCUGGGGAGGCCUUUGCGACGAUGACGCUCAGCUGCUGCAGAUCCUGGAGAAACUCGAGAGAGCCACCACCAAAAUGCUGGACCGAUGGAGCGUGAUGACAUACGAGGUGCCCACCACCAAUAAACACACCCCGAUAGUGAAGGAAGACGACAGCCUGGAUUCUCCUCUGCAGGUCCACAUCACUCAGUAUGCAGACUCCGUGGCCUCCCACCUCGCCAAGAUCCUGGACUCGGACAAACACAGUGACGUCAUUUCCUCUGCCAAGUUUCUGUGUGGGACGGUGAACGAUUUCGUGGCGGAGGUGGGGAAGGCGUACGAGAGAGCCACGGAGAACAAGGAGGAGGCCGACGCCAUGGCAAAGAAGUGUGCGUUGCUGAACGAAAAGCUCGAUUCCCUCGUCAAGGCCUUAAGUGAAGAAGCAGAAGCACAGGUGGUUCCAGCAGGUUCUGUGCCCAACCAGGAGAGCGGCGGCUCUAGCCCCGGAGAAAGUGGCGGCGAGUCGGGGUCAGAGGGCAAAACGUACCGAUCCAAGGAGCAGCUGAUGCUCAGAGCUAACAGUCUGAAGAAAGCCCUGAGGCAGAUCAUUGAGCAGGCUGAGAAAGUGGUGGACGAGCAGAACAGACACACGCAGGUCCAGAGGAUGCCGUCCUCGUCCUCCAUCAAAAGAGAAAACAGCGAGGAGCUGAAGGACGCUGAGCCGCGUCAAGGAGGCUUGAGUCCGACCUCGCCCAUCGUCCUGGAGAAACCAGAGAGCCUCAACACCGUCACCUUCAACGAGGACUCUGUGCAAUGCUCAGAGAAGUGUGUGAUGAACAACUACUUCGGCAUCGGCCUGGACGCCAAGAUCUCCCUGGAGUUCAACAACAAGAGGGACGAGCAUCCCAAAAAAUGCAGUAGUCGCACCAAGAACAUGAUGUGGUACGGAGUCCUCGGCACCAAAGAGCUGGUCCAGAAGACGUACAAGAACCUGGAGCAAAGAGUUCAGCUGGAGUGUGACGGGGUUCCCAUGUCUCUGCCGAGUCUGCAGGGCUUGGCUGUUCUCAACAUCCCCAGCUAUGCAGGCGGCAUCAACUUUUGGGGAGGCACCAAGGAGGAUAAUAACUUCGGUGCUCCGUCAUUUGACGAUAAGAAACUGGAGGUGGUGGCUGUGUUUGGCAGCAUGCAGAUGGCCAUGUCCAGAGUCAUCAACCUGCAGCACCAUCGCAUUGCACAGUGCCGGCAGGUGAAGAUCACCAUCCUGGGGGAGGAAGGCGUUCCCGUGCAGGUGGAUGGGGAGGCCUGGAUCCAGCCGCCUGGCAUCGUCAAGAUCGUCCACAAGAACCGUGCGCAAAUGCUCACCAGAGACAGGGCGUUUGAGAGCACGCUGAAGUCGUGGGAGGACAAGAGGAAGAUUGACAGCUACCGCUCGUCCAGGCCCCGCCUCAACUCCCAGCAGUCCAUGGAGUACCUGACCGAGGAGGAGUGCGCCCAGGUUCAGCAGCUGGGCAUCGUGGCCGACAUGCUCAUCAGCAAGAUCCGCGAGGCAGCCAAGACCCACAAGCUGGUGGAGCAGGAGCUGGCUCACGCCGUCAACGCCACGGCGCUGGUGCUCACCGAGGCCAAACUGUCCAGCCCCGAGUGUCUGAGCCGCAGCACGGCGGUGGAGAUCGUGAACAGCAGCAAGGUCCUGCAGGCUGAGACCAAGAUGCUGCUGGACGGAAAACUACUGUCCGAGUCUCCGGAGGAAGAGGAGCUCCGCUCGACCCUGAACAGCCUCAGCGCCGAGCUCCACAAGCUGGACGACAUCCACUGGAUCUGUCCUCUCAUGCAGUGCUCCGAGGAGGACUCGGUGAGGAGCAGCAGCAAGAGCAGCAGCAGCAUGAAGCUGAAGAUCAUACCUAAGGGGAAGAAGGAGAGGGAGAAGCUCCACAAGCAGAAGUCUAACAGUUCCCUCUCAGGAGCUUGGGACAUCAAAGGUGGGGCCGCGGAGGCAGAUUCCUCAGGCAACUGAAGUCCUGCCCCAUGCGUUUUAUAAUGAUGACAGCGGAGGGUGUGGAGCGCAGCCCCCCUCCCGUCCUCCCCCUCCCACCACGACGCCCAGCGGUUUUGACCUGAGGUGUCAGGAAGAAAAGGAAAACCACCAUCCCCAACUUUUAUUCUCUUUCCUCCCCGGUUUACUCCUUCUUCGCCGUCCUUUUUUUCCUCUCUUCAGAUGGGGAGGAUUCAUUUCUUCUUUUUACUGAUUUUGUUUUGAAGGGGCCUGGCUUCGCGUCACUUCACCACCUGCUUUUGUCUCCGUGGACGAAGCCGACGGCAAAUCAAACUGAAGGUGUGAAUAGACAGCGUCCUCCUCGCAAACUUUAUUAUUAUUGUUAUUUUUUUUGACAAAGAAAUGUGUUUACGUGGUGCUGCAUGUCGAGUGCAACCAUCUUAUUUUAUAUCUACUAUCAUAAGUUUUUGUUCUUUCUCUUCAUUUUACUAGUUUUACUUCGGAACUUCUGAAUAGCCUUCUGAUUUCGUUUUCGUGGGACUUUCUGAAAGUAUUUAUUUUGUGUUGCUACUGCCAUGAGAACUCCCAACAAAGUCGACAAAAUGAACAAACUAAAACAUCUCAACCUUACCGUCUAGCAAACUGGAGGAUAUCUUAAAUGUUGCAAAAAAUAUAUAUAUAUACUGAGGAAUGUACCCGUGUGGACUCGUAUUAACCUGUGAAUAACCUUGAAUCAUAUGUGAUUUCACAAAGGUUCUACUGUUGUGGUUCUAAAGUGGUUCUUAAUGGGCUGUUGUGUGAGUCGUGUGUGGUCAGAGGCUAUGCAGCCGCUCUGCAGAAAUAACGAGUCGUUUCAUCUGAGGUUCUGCCUUGUGAAAAGAUCAGAUUGUGGGAUUUUGAAUUCAGCGAGGUCUAAAGUGUGACUUUUGUGUUUUUUUAAAAAAUAAUAAUAAUAAUAAUUCAUUUCUAGAUGAAAUGACUUGAUAUUUUUAGCAGUGCCUGGUAAAGGUGUUUUCAGAAGGAGGAAGCAUCAAGGACGCAAUCAAAGCUUACAGCUGCUCAGUAUAUUACUCCUACUUUGCCAUACUCAUGAUUGUAUAUGUAAUAUAAGAGUCAGUGGAUAUUUGAGUUUGCCUUGUCUGUGAUUAAAAACUAUUAUUAAUAAUAUUACAAAUAUAUUAUAUAUAUCUAUUUUUUUGUAUAUCUUAUUUUCCCAAUGGUAAUCUGUGAAGCUGUCCUGGCUUUGCUGCUUCCCCCCCUUUGACAAACUCCUUGGCCACCAUGCAUAUAAUCAAAGCCAACUGAUGCUGUUCUGUGUGUCCCUGCAUGCAUACUUAAACUUCCUUGGCCUCACAGUGAAAAACUGCCUCAUAAAAGGGAAUUUUAGGUCGUUCGUUAAAGUUAGCGACGUUAUUGUGAACAUUUGUUUAUUUCAACCUGCCCUGAGAAGCAGGUUUGCCGGCGUUUAGUUGGGAUGACGCAUCAGAAAUAUAAUUUCGUGGAAAGAUAACGCACAUCAAUGCCUGUCAGGUACUUUGCUGUCAGCCAUACUCGACGAGAAUGUAUCCGUUGAUGACCUUUUAAAGGAUACGCCAACAUUUUGGAACGUUUGCUCAUUUGCUGUUUUACCUCAAGACAAAUGAGAAGAUUAAUAUCUGGAGAUAUAAGUUAUUUUAGAUUUCUUAGUAUGACGCGUUGACUUUGAGUUGUAAAAAUACAUUUUAUUUCAGCUUGAAACUGGGGCUCCUGUCAGGAGGAGGCCCAAUGUCUUAGCUUAUCGCUAGUAAAAAAUAAUGUUUUCUUUUGCUAAAUGUGUUAAAUAUAUUAGCAAACUCCUUAAUUGUUGGAGCUUUGGCUGUUUUUCAUCCUUAACCAUCCCUUUUUUUAUUUUAUUUUUUUUUAGAAGCUAUGCUAAAGCAUUAGUAAGCUAACACUAUAGCCAAUGGACAGAAAUAAAAGUAUGAACAGCAAAAAGCGAAUUUUAUAAAAUUCUAUAGUGUUACUUGACAAGUUUUAAUUGCCAUGAUAAAAAAAAAGUUCACAAGACGAGGUUAAAACUGAAUGCUAAUUCUAGCUAGAGUUAGCUAAACCACGUAACUGUUGCUAAAGAAUGCUACGCAGCUUAGUUUAUGCUAAUAUGUGCCGUUUGCUCCUCCACUUCCAAAACCACAAAAAGGAUAAAAAAAAACUUUUUUUAUUGGACAUUACAUUUAUAAGAGAGGCUGAAAUGCUAAUUGUUGAGCUUCUUCCCAUUAGUCUAAAGGGUUGGAUCUUGAUUUUCCUUUAUUUUUAAGUUACUUUUAACUUUUAAGUUAUUUUUAAGUUACUUUUACCAAGCUAACCCUUGAUGGGACGGGUUUACUGUGAGGCAUUGUAGAUGUUCAGCUCUGGUAGGAUUGUGCUACUGUAAUCCAUAGUGUGCCAGCUAUACUACACCUUAGAGGCUUUAGUGGUGUCGUGCCAAGUUUGUUCAGUGGGUAACGAGACAUACAAAGCGUGAGAGAGCGCGCGCAAGCUUCAGCUGCGAAAGAUGCUGUAUGUCGUACAUUUCAAAGUUUACUGUAUCUUGCCUUGCACUUUACAAAGAAGCAAAGUUAAUGGGGAAAAAAAGACUUGCGUGUGAGUGUGUGUGUUAACAUUUUGAUUGUUUACGAGUGUUUUUUUUAAUUGACUUGAUGGGAAAAAAAUCUUUUAUUUAUGACAAAUGUAUAAGGACAAAAGUGUGUUGAUAAAAUGUAAUAUAUCUAAUCGUAAAAGAAUGAUAAAUGUUCAUUACAUUGCUGGUUGUACAAUUACUCGCAGAGCAGCUUGAGACAUCGCAUUCAUCGCCAAUGAUAUAAUGUGUGAUUACUUGUCGUUCCGUUGUCAAAGCAGUGUCACCAAAAUGUCCUUUCACCAAUUGGUAUGGAAAUUGUAUUCUAAAAGAAAAAAAAGAAAAUAAAAGAAAACAUAAUCAAGACAUGUUUAAAUUAUUUGAUCUUGAAGCCAAAAUAAUCGGAUUCGUCCAGUGUUAUUUACAGACUAAUGAGUUGUUUACACAAAAAGAGUUGUUCAUCCUGUGUUAAGCCAAUAUUUGGGUGAAAUCUUUGUGUAUCACUUUUGAUUUGAUUAGCUUUUGACAUGCUGAUAACGACCAUGUUUGGGAAUGCACAUUUGUAUGGAAGCCAUUUUUGAAAAAUAAGUCAUUUGUUUAAAGAGCUUUUUAUCAUGAUUUAAUAGUUGUUGUUUUUUUUCCUGUCAUUUUUGGACUGAAACUCUUCUGAAGACUAUAAAAAUGACAGCUGAGGAACAGAAAGGAAUCCACCGAUUACGCUCAACCAUGUUUUGUGCAACAGUAUUCCAUAGACGACAUUUGUGAACGCACCCUCUGAUCUGAACAGCCUAUAUAUUGAGACUGUGUGCGCCAACGCUGGAAGCCAGUCUUGAUGUUGCACGACCUUGUAAAUUGCGAGGUGUUUUAUUGUGUUAUCGUGUGAAGUAUGUAACAAAGACAACGUCAGUGCAACUCUCUGGAGAUUAAAUGAAUUAUUGUGUGAUAUAAGUGUGAA